AUGGCGGAAGAAGGCGUGGGAGCACCACCCGAAGUCAAGAAUGCCAUUGAUGUUCGCACAACACUGCCACAGUCGGAACAGCAGAUCGAUCCCUACAAUGUUUCUGGCGGCGUCGACGAACAGGGCAACGCGAAAGCCAUCGACUACGAUCGCCUCAUCCAACAGUUCGGCGUGCAAAAGCUCACCGAAGAACACCUCGAGCGAUUCGAGCAAGUCACAGGCAAGAAGCCACACCGAUUGAUGCGCAGGAAGCUGUUCUUCUCCCACCGAGACUUCGACAAGCUCCUCGACGUCUACGAGAAACAUGGCACAUUCAUGCUCUACACCGGGCGAGGUCCCUCCAGCGGCAGCAUGCACUUGGGUCACACCGUGCCCUUCCUCUUCACCAAGCAGAUUCAAGAGAUGUUUGACGUGCCUCUGGUCAUUAUGUUGACGGAUGAUGAAAAGUAUCUUUACACACGACAGAAGAACGACGGCAGACAAGAGAAGGGCAAGGCAGUAGAGGACUUCCUGGACUUUGCGCACCAGAACAUCAAGGACAUAAUAGCGUUAGGCUUCGAUCCCAAGAAGACCUUCAUAUACACCGACUACGAGUAUGUGGGUGGCCACUUCUACUGGAACGUCUCCGAGUUCGAGUCGUUAGUCACACUGAGUCAAGCUACCGGUGCAUUCGGACACAAAGGAGAGACGAACAUUGGCAUGGUAGCAUAUGCUGCGAAGCAGUGUGUCGCUGCCUUCCCAUCCUCGUAUCCCGAGCUGUUCGGCUACGCAAACUACAGUCACAUCAACCCAGAUCCAAAAGGUUUGAGGCGACACAAGGCUCUUGCAGACAUCCCAUGUCUCAUUCCCUGCGCCAUCGACCAGGAACCAUACUUCCGAAUGGUGCGAGACAGAUGUCCUCGCAUGACACACCCACACCCAAAGACUACACUUAUCCUCUCCAAGUUCCUGACUGCUCUUCAAGGUCCUGGUGGCAAAAUGAGUGCCUCUGAUGCGAACUCCGCCAUCUUCAUGUCCGACACUGCCAACCAGAUCAAGAAGAAAAUCAACAGUCAUGCGUUCUCUGGUGGUCGGGAGACUCUUGAGGAGCAUCGCCAAUACGGUGGCAAUCCAGACAUCGACGUGGCCUACACCUACCUCUCCUACUUCCUCGAGGAUGACGCAGAGCUCGAAGACCUCGCCACGCGCUAUCGCAGCGGCGACCUCCUCACCGGUGACAUGAAGAAGCGCUGCAUCGAGGAGCUUCAAAAGUUCGUUACAUCUUUCCAGGAGAAGAGGAGUCAAGUGACGGACGAAGUCAUGCGCGAGUUCAUGAAACCACGAAAGCUCGAGUUCAAGGGUAACCCCAACCCAACGCAUCCCAUGAGCGAAGUCAAGAGCGAAGCCAACGGCCCUGCUGAGAAGGUCGUGCGCGAGGACGGGAAGCUCACGAAGGGUCAGAGAAAGGAGCAGAAGCUAGCUGAGAAGAAGCGAGAGAAGGAAGAGCAGAAAUUGGCGGAGAGGCCGAAGGCGGAAUCUGCCGAGGCAGCGUGA